AUGCAGCCUGGAGGAAGAGCCUUCCGGGCGCAGGGAACAGUCUGUGCGAAGGCCCAGAGGCGGGACCGGGCCUGGGGUGCUCAACAGACCCCCUGCUUCUCCAAACCCCGCCCGGGGCCGCUAGGCCCCGCCCACAGCCCCGGUCUCCCGAACAAUCCCAUAAACCUGGCCCUGCAGGGCCCGCCCCCGAGCCCCCCGACGGCACCUGAGCCCCGCCCCCAACGCGUCCCAGGCCCUCCCCGGGGAGGUACAGCCUCAGGCCCCGCCCCAGGUCGCGUCCCAGGCCCCGCCCCGAGGUCCUCCUGCUCCCUGCGCCCCGACCCCCUGGGCGCCUCAGCUCACCCCAGGCUUCCGCCGCGACCCCCAGGCCCCGCCCAGCGCACUCAGGCCGCGCACCCAGCACCCUUUGCUCUCCAGGCCCGCCCUCUGACCCCACAGGUCCCGCCCCGGGCCCGCCAGUUACAGGCUUCCCCGGCCCGCGGCUGCGACGUCGUCCGGAGGCCGGCCGGCCGGCCGCCCAAGCCCCCAGCCCCGCACUCACCGGGCCGGCCUGGGCACCCAGCCGAGCGGACGGCCGCGGCCUGCAGGCGCCCUAACGCCCCGGCCCCAGCGCCGCCAUCUUCCCGGGACCAACGAGUCGCCCGCGCCUCGCGGCCGCUUCCCGGAGACUUCUGGGAGGGCAGCGGCUCCGGCUCCGCCCCGCUUUCGAGAUAA